AGUGUCAGUUGCUUUCAUAGGAUUGUUACACUAGGAAAAAAUGGACAUUCUAAACCCGUCCACAUACUGGGUGGGCAAGAGGUGCUACCGCGUCUUGACUCAUCAUGUUGAGGCCUCACACAUCAACUAUGCCGAGGAGGAUGAGUAUUAUGAUGAGGCCACAGCUGACAGUGAGGCCUGCGAGGAGGAGGCCAGUGAGGCCAGCGAAUUUCCAAUUGACCGUCUGCAGAGCGGCCUCUACCGUACAGCCUGGCAUGUGCCCAGCGCGUUCUACGCGUACCUCAUCGGGCGCAAGGGCGACACGCGGAGGCGGCUGGAGGCGGAGACGCAGAGCAACAUCAGCAUCCCGCAGCGGGGGGCCGGGGCUACCGAGGAUAUAGUGGUGACGGGGCAGAGUGUGGCGAAGGUGCGGGCGGGUCGCCUGAAGGUGGCGCUGCUUGUGGAGCAGGCGAGGCAGAAAUGUUCACCCACGCACUUCGUUUCCAUCCCAGCAACGGCGCCCAAUAUCCAGGAGAGAUUCCUGCAGUUCCAGCGCGAGGUGCUGGAGGUCUGUGGCGGCAGUCUGGGCGUCCAAGAGGCCCUCUUCCAGAAGAGCGCUAAACUGCACCUGACAGUGGGCGUGAUGGCCUUGAUGGACGACAGUGAGAGGCGCCAUGCCGUCCAGGCCUUCACUCGCGCCGUCCAAGAGAGCGCCAGGGACCUGCCUGACGGGGUGCUCAAGUUACGCCUCAAAGGGCUUCACUAUUUCACCGACGACCCUCACAGCGUGCGCGUCCUGUACGCGGGCCUGAGGGCAUGCGAACCCUCGGACGACUUCCCUCGUCCACACCUGCCACAGCAACUACAGAAUCUUGUUGAUAAUAUCGCUAACUUGAUGAUUAAAGAUGGUGUGAUGCGUAAGAACGCCGGGUCUGUGACGCUGCACAUGACGGUGAUGAACGUCUCCUUCCUGGACCGGGACGAGGGAGAAGCUCCGUCCCAGCAGCCCGGCGUCCCGCAUCAGGCUCGCACUGAAGGCUUCGACGCCUCACACAUACUAGAGAAAUUUGGAGACUACGAUUUUGGAGAUCUAGAGAUCAAGGAAGUGCACUUGUCGCUGCUGCAUUCAGAGGACCCAGAGACUGGAUACUACGUGACCAGCGCCCGCCUACCUCUUGCUGGACUGCAGCUCCCGUAGCAAUAUCAUGCAAUAUAAUUUAGUGCGUUAUGUUGAAAUAAGAUUAAUGGGAAAACUAUUUUGCCCUGAAUAUUAAAUUCUCUAUUACUAAAAUUUUCAUUGGAAAAUAGGUAAUUUUUCUCAUAGGACAGCAUCAGCAGCAAAGUGGGAAAAAAUAUUUUACUCUAGGCGUCUAGGGCAAUGGAACAUUUCAUUUCUAUUCCUAAAAAGCUGCUAUCGUUAGCGAAAAUCAGAUAGCCAACUCCCAUUUUGUUCGAAACCGUCAGUGAAUGAGUCUUGCAAAAAUGUUGGCACUUGCACCAAGCUUCUGAAUAAUUAACUUCGAAAAAUUAAAUAUUCUGUUCCCGCGGGCUUUAUGCGGACCACCGAAUAUUUGUCAGUUGAUUUUCUCUCGCGGUAACCUACCAUUGGCUUCUGCUACUCAUCUUGAUGUUUCAUAUGCAAAUGAACUUGUACUUCUUUAUUAAAUUGUUCAUUAAUAAAUCAUCAGUUCACAACUUUAUCCUUAUAGUAAAUCAUUAUUUAUAUCGUAUAAUGGAACCCAAGUAAUCCUGACAAUUGUUUUGCUGUUGCCAAAAUUUGAUUGUUUUUCAAGCUUAUUUCUUACAUUGCAAAGAAUGUGUUUGUCUUAUGAAUAAACUAGCCCGUAUGAUUCCAGUGGAAAUAUUAAUAAAAAACAAUAUUUAGAACAAUAUUAUUUUCAUCCUUACAUAGGUACUCGCAAUCAAACUUUCAUUAUAAGUUUUUUAUUAAUCUAAAAAUAAGUUACAAAAAUAAGGAUAUGAUGGAAUCUAAAAGCAGCUUUUACGUCUCCAGUCAACGGCUAGCGCAGUGACGUCAUCGUCGUCUGACUCUUCCUCCUCGAUGUUGCUUGCUUCUUCCAUUUUGCACGUCGUGGUUUGCUUCUCUUGCUUCUCGCGGUCAAACUUGAUCACUCUGCGAGCGAGAAUUCAACAUUAACAAGCUGUAAACAUUUUACUGUUGGAACACAUUUUCAUAAAUCUCUACUAUGGAUAUUAACGGACAGAAAAUUUUCAAUGUAGCUUUUUCGAUUUCGAUUGCUAUCAAUCAUCUAUGCCACCCAAGUUCCUGGUUGAGUUAGCACUGAAUUUUUGUAGGGCUACAUUACUUCUUCAAAGCGAUAUAAAA